AUGGCAACAGCCCUGGUCUUCUGCCUCCGUCUCUGUCUCCAGCUGCUAGCCCUUCCCAUAUACGUGCUGUCGUACUUGGGCGUAUGGCAGCCCUACUGCAAGAAGAUCUUCCCGGCCUUCAUGGAGAAGUUUGCACCCAGUUACAACAAGAAGAUGUCAAGGCAGAAACAAGAGCUGUUCCGCAACUUGUUGGAGUUUGCAGGCCCCUCGGGGCAGCUGCGGCUGCUGGAGAUAGGAACCGGCACGGGCUCCAACUUCCAGUUCUUCCCGGCCAACUGCAGGGUCACCUGUACAGACCCCAACCCCCACUUUCAACGGAGUCUAACCAAAAGCAUGUCCCAGAACCAGCACCUUCAGUUUGACAGCUUCUUGGUGACCCCGGCGGAGAAUCUGCAGGAGGUGGCCGAUUCUUCCGUCGAUGUCGUCGUUUCCACUUUGGUCCUCUGCUCCGUGCGGGACAUUCAAAGUGUUCUGAGCGAAGUCUGCAGGGUCCUCAAGCCGGUGAGUAUUUGAGGGGGAGAGGGCAGCAAAAGAGACAUGGUGGGGUAGAGAUGCAAUUUUAGAGGAGUGUAGUAGGCAGCAGGCCGAUGCAAAGGAAGGGAGCAGCAGGGUUCACUUGCCCCAGACCUCAAAGAUGGCAUGGGGGCCCUCGCCAGGGUCUCCCAAACUUACGCUGUCAUGCCAAUAACAAGACUCCCACCACAGACCUCAGACAAGCUCUGAACAGGCCUGGUAGGUAGCUAUGUGUUACAGUGCAACUGUAAGCACGCUUAUCGGGAGGUAAGCUCCAUUGAACUAAAUGGGACUUUGCUUCUGAAUAAACAUGCCUAGGAUUGCAGACCCUCCAAGUGUCCCUAUUUUCCAGGGACAGUCCCAGAGUUACAGAAGCCGUCCCGGUUUGUGAUUCGAUCCCGGAAUGUCCCACGUUUCCUUAGGAGGUCCCUAUUUUCAUUGGAUAAAUGUCGGCGGGUAUGGAUUUAUGCGAUCCCUGAGCCAAGGAAAUAAGUAACUAUACAACCUUUAGAAGACAUUUGUCUUACCAGACUGACUUUGUAUAUGUUCCUUUUGACCAAGGCCUAAAGCUUCACUGAAGACUGUGUCUAUUUGGCAUUCCUUUUGGGACCCCUGACUACGGACCCCAACCUUGUACUAAAUUUCCCUGUCAGACAGAAGGGAUAUUGCUAGUGGCAGGUAAUCAGCCCUUGGGCUUACAUGUUUGCGAAUGCCCCAAGUCUAAUAUUCAUUCAGAAGAUGUAUAUUUUGCCUUUUGACUGAAUGAUCCUCAAUGCAGCUUGCAACAGAUUGUAAUAACAUACAUAUGUAGGAGCUCUUAGACCUUCGAACUACUGGAAUAUUGACAUUUUUGCAAGGAAGAAGCAAAGCACAAGUAGGUCGGUCAGAUUUUGGGGAAAAUAAAUACCUGGUGAAAUUGAUUUUAAGGCACUGAAAGUGGUCUUAUAUCAUGCACAAAACAUCCUACACUCUUGGUUUCCCUGAAAUACUUGUUGUUCAAAUGGUCUCCUCCUUUCCUUUAGGGUGGAGCAUUUUAUUUCUUGGAACACGUGGCUGCAGACCAUUCAAGCUGGUGCUACUUUUGGCAGCAAGUUCUCUUCCCAACAUGGAAACUUCUCUUUGACGGAUGCUGCUUAACAAGAGAGAUCUGGAGUGAUCUUGACAAAGCAAAUUUCUCAGAUGUAAAGCUGCAACAUAUAUACGUCCCCUUACACUGGACACCGAUUCAGCCACAUAUAAUUGGUUAUGCUGUAAAAUAA